AAGAUUCAAUAGAGACCUUCGAUUUUGAUUUCUCAAGCCUCAAGCUUCGUGUAGAACGCCGACCUUCGCAGAGAUUGAGCUUGGGUAGAUGCACCAAUGGCGACGCCCGCGGACGCUCGAGCCGUAAAGUCUCUAAACACAGGCGAGGGAAGCAAGAAAUUUGUUUACAAGUCCAAUGUUCAACAAAUUGCAGAGAUUGAUAUUAAUGUAUACCGAAGUUUGGACCCUGUUAAAUCUGAGCCUUUUGAAGGGUCCACGUUUUUUCGCGAUUGCCUAGUUGAAUGGAGAGAAUUAAAUACUGCUGAGGAUUUUAUUUCAUUUUAUCAAGAAAUGUUCCCCUUGGUACAAACCCUACCACAAAUUAUAUUGCAAAAGGAAUUGAUCGUUUCAAAACUGCUUUCUAGAUUACAAAUAAAAAGCAGGCUAUCACUGGAGCCAAUACUCAGGUUGGUAGCCACAUUAUCAAGGGAUCUUCUGGAGGAUUUUUUGCCCUUUCUCCAGAGGAUUGUGAAUGCUAUAGUAUUUCUUCUGAAAAAUGGUGGUGAUAAGGAUCCAGACAUAAUUAAGCAGAUUUUUACGUCAUGGUCAUACAUUAUGAUGUUCCUGCAGAAAUAUCUGAUAAAGGAUGUCAUUCAUGUGCUAAAAGUAACAGUGAAACUGAGAUACUAUCCACAUGGUAGCAUACAAAAAUUUGUGGCGGAGUCCGUCUCUUUCUUACUCAGGAAUGCACCUGUUGAGCAGCUUAUAAAAGGUGUUAGGAAAAUCAUGAUUGAGGUCGUAAAGAAUCCAUUGGCUGAGAGGAAAAGUGGUGCUACUGAAUUAUUGUGGCAUGUGAUAAGAGGUUCGUCAUCAACAUUGCAUUCAAGGGCACAAGUGUUGCAGCUUCUAUUGGACAAGUCCUUAUUCAGCAUCGGUGAUCAACUCUUGGAAGAUCCAGACUGCCUUCUUGAAAUUGUCAUAUCGACUUUCCAGAGAUUGAGCAAUGAGGCAGGGCCUGUGGAAUUAAAUUUGAUUUGGGAUUGCUUAUAUGGUGAAAUAAUUGAAUCAGUAACCAAUGGUCACUCAAUGCACGUCAGUCGACUUCUCUCCGUACUCGUAUUAAUUGUGGAGAGGUUUAUGAAGAAAAUUUCCGAUUACCAGCCUAUGUUUAAGCUAGUCAGGUUGCUAGUGCAGACAUAUGUUCCUCCUGUUACUGAGGAGGGUGGAAAACAAGCUACAGACAUCGUCAUUAAAAUCUUGCAGCUGUCAUUGUUCAUUGUUGAUGCCCACAAAGCUAAUGACCUGUCAGCUCUCUCUGAUUUUUCAUGUCAGUUGGUUCCCAUAUUUAGUUUGAAGAAUCCUGGUUUGCUGACUUUUCUUAAAGACCUUGUGUCAAGGGACUCCAAUGUUCUCAAAAUAUUCAGGAUUAAUAUUAUAAGUGCAUUGAAUGAUUUAACCAACAUUUCAGAAGAAGAAACUGUAUAUUUGCUGCUAAGAUUGUGUGAGAAUCUUAAAAUGCCAAGCUUCUCGUUCUUAGAUGGUAUCUCAAAAGACAAGCUUUCAAGAAUUUAUGAUUUGGUUCAGCAAAGCAUCAGUUACUGGAUAGGAAUGAUCAGUAAUUCGUUACAUGGAGAUUUAUCUUCUCUUCAGUUGGAACAGAGCAGGCUGGCUCUCCUGUGGGGGACUGUCAAAUGCUAUCCCUAUUUGUUCAAUGGCCAGGAGAAUCUGACAUUACUGUUGGACCUUGUAAAUGCUAUCGAUGAGCUUCUGAUGACUGAAUCUGGAUUGGCAGAUCUUACUUGGCAGAGCCUAAUUGGUGCUGCUUUGGGUUCUUAUAAAGAAAUGCUCUCCAGCAGUGGAACUGGAUGUGAAGAGUCUGCAAUAAGCAAAUUCCUGUAUCUGGCAAAAAAAUACCACUCAUCUUCUCAAAUAUUAGCCCCCAUAGCUGAUAUUUUGGAUUCACAUUUUGGAUCUGUGAUUAAAGGGUGCACCAGCUUUAGAAGAUAUCACCCAGAUCUUGCAGCCAGGAAUGUAAUCGAUGCAUUAGACAUAUUGGCUGAAAAUCUGUGCAACUGUGAUCAAAUGCUUCGACGGUCGACCCUCAGAAUUUUGUGCCACUAUGAACCUUUGAAGUUUGAAUCUUCUUUUAACACACAGCCAGAUGAGAAAACUGCUGGAAAUGAUAUUAUGCAGACCUUUAAUGUUGAUGUUCGUGGUGAUAAUGUUCUAGAGCUUCUCCUUUCAGUUGAAACUACUGAGCCUUCAUCUACUGAUAGAAAAAUUGAGCUUCUAUUAUCCCGGAUCCAGGUGAAUGUAUCUGCCCGGAGGAUAGAUGAGAAUUAUGUGCCAGCCCUGUUAUAUGGCUUGAUUGGCAUCUUCCACAUUCGGCUUAGCAACUUAUGGAUUCCAGCUAAGGAGUGUCUUGCUGUUCUAAUAAGCCAAAACUUUGGAAUUGUAUGGGAACCGUACAUGAAAUAUCUGGACCACUGUCAGUCAUUGUUUCUGAUAUCUUGUGAUCAAUCUAGCAGAAGUGGUACCAAAUCACUUAAUCAGUCAAGUGAUUUGGUUGGAUACUUCAAUUUGUCUAUCAAUCCCCCAUGUGGUAGUACGCCGUGCGCUACACUUUUCUCAUUAAUGAUUCAAUCGCUGCAAAAAGUUCCAUUUCUAGCUGAAACUCGGUCACGACAAUUAAUGCCUUUUCUUGAAGUUUCUGGAUAUAGUGUUGAUGAUCUUUUGAGUGUUGAGUUAUACAAUGUACAUUGUUGCAAGGGCAGAGAGUGGAAGGAGGCCCUUAAAGAGUUGUUAAACUUGUUUAGGUUGCUGCGGAAUCCAAAGUCUUUUUAUCAGAGCCAAUUCAUCAAGGAUGUUUUUCUAUAUAGGCUUCUGGAUGAAACAGAUACUGAGUUACAGUUAAAGGUUCUUGAUUGCCUUUUAAACUGGAAGGAUGAAUUCUUACUUCCUUACAGUCAGCAUCUGAAAGAUCUGAUCAAUGCAAAGAAUUUGAGAGAGGAGCUAACGACGUGGAGCUUGUCCAGGGAAUCUAAUGAAAUCGAUGAACAUCAUAGGGAUUUCAUUGUGCCUAUUGUCAUUCGGAUAUUGGUACCAAAAGUCAAGAAACUAAAAACUCUUGCUUCUCGAAAGCAUGCAAGUGUACAUCAGAGAAGGGCAAUACUUGGAUUCUUAGCUGAGCUUGACAUUCAAGAGCUUCCUCUAUUUUUUUUCUUGUUGAUAAAGCCUCUUCAAGGUACUUCAGUAACAGCUGAUGUGAGCAGACAGUGUCUUUUGAGUUCAUCAGAGAGCGUUAAGGAUGAAUUUGAUUCAAUUAGCAUCUUGAAGCAAUUUACUGUGGAUGGCUUAAAGGGGCUUUCUUGGAAGAAGAAAUUUGGUUUCUUGCAUGUCAUUGAAGAGAUUUUAGCUGUUUUUGAUGAAUACCAUAUAAAUCCUUUUCUUAAUCUACUAAUGGGCUGUGUUGUACGGGUACUCGAAAGCUGCACGGCUGCUUUAGAGAGCUCAAAAUGCAAAGAACCGUCUCUAACUGAUUCUGGCUUCAAUGUGGCAGCAGCUUAUGAUAUUGUUGACAGGGAAAUAGAUAUUGUGACUAGCACAGCUGUGAAGCAAUUCAAGGAAUUGAGAUCUUUAUGCCUGAAGAUUGUUUCUUCUGCUCUUGCUAAGUAUGAGAAUCAUGAUUUUCAUUCCGAGUUUUGGGACCUUUUCUUUACAGCAGCGAGUCCUUUAAUAGGCAGUUUUAAGCAAGAAGGUGCGAGUAGUGAGAAGCCAAGUUCACUAUUCUCUUGCUUCCUUGCUAUCAGUAGAAGCAUCAAGUUUGUGCCACUGUUGGGUAGAAAGAAGAAUCUUGUUCCCGAUAUAUUUUCGAUGUUUACCAUCACGACCGCAUCUGAUGCGAUCAUAUCUUGUGUUUUUAAGUUCGUUGAAAACUUACUAAAUCUUGACAGUCAGCUGGGGACUGAGGAUGGUUCUGUCAAAAGAGUGUUGCUUCCUCACCUCAACGUACUUGUAGAUAGUCUACACUGUCUGUUCACUAUUGAUAGUGGAACAAAGAGGCAUCCUGCAGAUAACGAGCUCUUUGUGUUCAAAUUAUUGUCGAAGUACAUAACGGAGCCUUUAACAGCCAAGAAAUUUGUUGAUAUCUUGCUUCCACUUCUCGCAAAGAGACUCCGAAACUCUGAUUCUUGUGUUGUCAUUUUACAGAUACUUCAAUCUGUGGUUGAAGUUGUGGGAAGUGAAAAUAAUUCUAAAAUUUUGAGUUCAGUAUCUCCCUUGCUUACAUUUGCUGGGCUGGAUGUCAGGAAGUCCAUUUGUGAUGUUCUUAAUGCUCUUGCUAAAGAUGAUUCUUCUGUCUUUGUCGUGGCAAAGCUUCUGAAUGAAAUGAAUGCAACCUCCACAAUGGAUAUUGGGUCCCUUGAUUAUGACAAAAUUGGUGCAUAUGAAAAGAUCAACAGGGAGUUUUUCCACACGGUGGGGAAAGAGCAUGCACUGAUCAUUUUGUCUCAGUCUGCAUAUGACAUGUCAUCUGAAGAGUUGAUCUUCCGGCAGAGUGCAUAUAGAUUGUUGCUCUGCUUUGUUGAAUUUGCCUCUGAAAUUGUUGAGUCAAAGGAUAAAUCUGAUCAAGGGUGCUGGACUGAAGCUCUUAUUCAACAUAUUGUAACUAGCUUUCUUUUGAAGCAUAUGGGAAAUGCAAUGAAUAGGGAAACUUCUGUUCAAAAGCUUUGGAUUGAUUUACUGCGAGAAAUGGUGUUGAAGCUUCCAAAGGUUGCAAACCUCGAAUCUUAUGGAACUUUGUACAGUCAAGAUCCAGAGCAGGAUUUCUUCAAUAAUGUUAUUCAUUUGCAGAAACACAGGCGAGCCAGGGCACUUUCUCGAUUUUCGCAGUUCAUUAGUACAGGAAAUCAUUCUGAGAUUGUUAGCACCAAAGUGUUUAUCCCACUCUUUUUCAAUUUGUUAUUUGGUGUACAAGAGGGGAAGGGUGAAAAUGUCAGAAGUGCAUGUAUGGAGGCUAUUGCAUCAAUUGCUGGUUGCAUGACCUGGAAACAGUACUAUGAACUAUUAAUGAACUGCUUUCGAGAAAUGACUAAACGAGAGAAGCAGAAGGUCAUAUUGCGAUUAAUAUGCUGUAUUCUGGACCACUUUCACUUCUCUGAAACUCCUGCAGAGGGUGUCCUUCGUGCCGAAGCUUUUGAGGGAAUAUCUUCUAGAGAAUUGAGGAGAUGCACACAGCCAGCUAAAUUUUCUGAUAUACAGACGUGUAUUCAGAAGACAAUGCUUCCCAAGAUACAAGAAUUGCUAUCUGAUUCUGAUAAUGUGAAUGUGAACAUCAGUCUAGUUGCCCUUAAGUUACUCAAAUUACUUCCUGGUGAAAUUAUGAAUUUGCAACUUCCAAAUAUUGUUCAUCGCAUCUCCAACUUCCUUAAGCAUCGCUUGGAGAGUGUUCGAGAUGAGGCUAGAUUGGCUUUGGCUGCUUGUUUAAAGGAGCUAGGGUUGGAGCACCUACAAUUCAUGGUCAAAGUCUUGAGGGGCACCCUCAAAAGGGGAUCUGAAUUGCACACACUUGGUUAUAUGAAUUUUAUAUUGUCAAAGUUUCUUAUCAAUCCCAUUAGGGGGAAGUUGGAUUCUUGUCUUGAAGAUCUUUUUUCGGUGAUAGAGAUUGAUAUACUUGGAGAUGUUUCUGAGCAGAAAGAGGUGGACAAAAUUGCUUCAAAAAUGAAGGAGACUCGGAAGCAGAAGUCAUUUGAAACCCUCAAAUUGGUUGCGCAAAACAUCACAUUUAGAACCCAUGCUGUGAAGCUCCUUUCUCUUGUUACAGCUCAUCUACAGAAGCAGCUAUCUCCAAAACAGAAAUCGAAAUUGGAGAAUAUGUUGAAUCACAUUGCUGAUGGAAUUCAGUCUAAUGCGUCUGUAGAUCAAACUGAACUGUUUAUAUUUGUAUAUCGCCUCAUUAAGGAUGGCAUAGAUGAUGUAAAUCAUGAACGCAAACACGUAUAUAUGUCAGAGGCAGGGAAAGGAGACUGUGAUUUGGUGGAUAGUCAAAUGAUUAAUUCAGACAGGUUAAUAAAUCUUGAGCCCAGAUAUUCUCACUUAAUUACUGGUUUUGCACUUGGAUUAUUGCAAAAUCACAUUAAGGGCAUGAAACUGAACAGAAAAGACGAGGAGCAGCUGUCACUGUUAGACCCUUUGGUUCACUUGUUGGGUGAUUGCUUGAGUUCAAAAUACGAGAACAUUGUGACGACAGCACUCAGAUGCCUUUCUCCUCUGGUACGAUUACCUCUGCCCUCCCUUGAAUCCCAGUCUGACAAGAUAAAGAAUUCUUUAUUGUUUAUUGCUCAACGUUCAGCAAAUGCUGGCAGUCCUUUGGUGGAGUCUUGUUUGAGGCUGUUGACUGUGCUUCUUCAUAACACUGGUGUUACACUUUCAGCAGAUCAGUUGCACAUGUUAAUUCAGUUUCCUUUAUUUGUUGACAUAGAAAGAAAUCCAUCUAUUGUGUCCCUUUCCCUUCUAAAAUCAAUAGUGAAUAGGAAGCUGGUAGUUCCUGAGAUAUAUGAUGUCGUCAAGAGGGUUGCAGAGCUGAUGAUAACCAGCCAAGUGGAAUCAAUACGUAAGAAAUGUAGUCAAAUUUUACUCCAAUUUUUGCUUGACUAUCAUCUGUCAGAGAAACGCUUGCAGCAGCAUCUUGAUUUCUUUCUUGCGAAUCUCAGAUAUGAACAUUCUUCUGGAAGAGAAGCUGUACUUGAAAUGCUGCAUGCCAUUAUAAUGAAGUUUCCAGCAAGUAUUCUUGAUGAGCAGUCACAGACGAUAUUUGUGCGUCUGGUGGUUUGUUUGGCUAAUGACCAUGACAACAAAGUCCGUUCCAUGACUGGUGCUUCUAUAAAGCUGCAUGGGCGUGUCAGUUCUCGCUCACUUAAAUCCAUUCUUGAGUAUAGUCCCUGGUAUGUGGGCGAAAAACAGCAUCUAUGGAGUGCUGCAGCACAGGUAAAGUUGUGGACUCUGUUCUAUAGGUGAAGUUUUUUUUUUUUUUUUUGUGCUAUCAGGAAUUAUGAGUCUGUUUAAUGGAGAAAUUUCAUUGAUGUGGAGAUGGGAUACAGUUAAGAGAAUGAGAAAACCUCAGUGGAAAUAUAUGGAUACUUAGUUGAAAUACCUUUAGUUGGUUCCAUCUGCUGACUAGUGGCGGAGCCAGAAAAUUUUCAGUUGGGGCACAAUGAAAACAAAGCUCUGCAAAUUGUAUUGGGCAAUAACAAAUACACAGUAAGAAAUAUGAAGUAGCGGCAUGCAUUAUUAUUAAAAAUGACAAGGGGGUGUAAGGAACCUACUAAAGUAGAACACGAAUUUUUUCUGUAUUAAAAAAAAUCACCAGUAAGGAGUAAACUAAACUAUUAAUUUAUUGAGGUAGUUUUUGAAACAUCUUUAAAGCGAUGGAUUAUGUGUGGUACUUGAUUCUUUUAUU